CAGCACAAAUCAAGUCAGUCAACGCAGCGUCGAAAUCGAAGUCGGAAAAUUUCAGCAGAACAAACAAUCGAAUCGAAGGAGAAAAGCGCUCUAAAACAGAACCACACGAUCGCUGUCGUCAGUUUUCCGAAUCGAAGAUGAAAAUAACCGGUCGCUAGGACAACCGAAACUAAGCCACCGAUUUUCUGUAGCCCUCCUAUCCUAGUGUUUUUCUUCGCAUCAGGAAGUUUCUUCCCCCCGUCAAGGAAUAGCUAUUCAACUCGCAGCAACUCUGCACCCGGAACGCGGCAUAAUUCAUCGACAGCGGUUCGGUUUCAGUCGUCAAGUAUCGAUCAUGUCGCACACGAUUCUGCUGGUGCAGCCGGGGCGCAAUCCGGAAACGCGAACCUACAGCGACUACGAGAGCGUCAACGAGUGUAUGGAGGGUGUGUGCAAAAUCUACGAGGAACACCUGAAGCGACGCAAUCCGAACACGCCGACCAUCACGUACGACAUCAGCCAGCUGUUCGACUUUGUCGAUCAGCUAGCCGAUCUGAGCUGCCUGGUGUACCAGAAAUCGACCAACACGUACGCACCGUACAACAAGGAGUGGAUCAAGGAGAAGAUCUACGUGCUGCUCCGGCAAGCGGCCGGGACGACGGAAUAGGAAAAGGAGACCCCACCCCGACUUUCGAGUGAAAUCAUUUGCGCGAGUGAGACGAACCAUUAUUUAUGUAUCAGAACAAGAACAACAACAACGGGAAGCCACUUUCUGGAGCUUUAGUUAUCAAAGCUUGAACUUUUUUUGUUUUAGAGGAAAAAAGCAGACUGCUUAGAUUUGACGUGAUUUGAUUUGCGAUGGACGAAAUCUACUUUCUUUUAUUUCGCUUUCUUAAUUUUUCUUUUUAUGUGACCAGCUUCUGGAACUGGUCGGAUCAACCAGUAGGUAGAGGACGAUGGUAGUAGAUUUUGACGAUGACAGGCAGACCACACUUAGGGAGUUUACCGAUAGGUUCGGGUGCUGCUCGGUAGGCACCGAAAUCGGUACUCCAGCGCGGAAGAUGAGAUGUUUUGUAUUUAAUUUCCUAUGUAAAGAAAUUAACGAUUGAUUUUGCAUAACGAGAGACAGUAAUCAAAUAAAUAAAUAAUUAA